CAUGGGGCGGGCACUGGGCGGAGCACCGAGAGCUCGUGACUGCCGUGGUGGCCUAAUACGCCUUCCCACCCACACUUGCGGAGUGCUGGUUAGACUUCAGAGAAUCUGGUCAUUUGAUUCCAGGAACUUCAGGUCCAUGCUGCUGCUGUCUCUGGGGCCCAAGGCUUGGCCUAGACUCUCCCAGUUCAAACCCAGAAUCCUUCCUAGAAGCCGGGAAGGUGAGUUCCUGCAUGCGUGGUCCCGGAACUUGUCAGGGCAAAAUCAGCCCAGAGGCCCUGGGCUACGCACAAGGUUGCUGAUCACCACCUUGUUUGGAGCUGGAUUGGGUGGAGCCUGGAUGGCUGCCAAAGCUGAGAAAGAGCAGAGGCAGCGGCAGCAGCGGACAGAGGCUCUGCGCCAGGCUGCUGUGGGACAGGGUGACUUCAGCCUACUUGACCAUCAAGGCCAGCCUCGAUGCAAGGCUGACUUUCGGGGCCAGUGGGUGCUGAUAUACUUUGGUUUCACUCAUUGCCCUGACAUCUGCCCAGAUGAGCUAGAGAAGUUGGUGCAGGUGGUGAAGCAGCUAGAGGCAGAGCCUUACCUGCCCAUGGUGCAGCCUGUCUUCAUUACUGUGGACCCUGCACGAGAUGAUGUGGCAGCCAUGGCCCGAUAUGUGAAGGACUUCCACCCAAGGCUUCUUGGACUGACUGGUUCUACAGAACAGGUGGCCCAGGUUAGCCGCAGUUACCGUGUGUACUACAGUGCUGGCCCCAAAGAUGAGGACCAAGACUACAUUGUGGACCACUCCAUUGCCAUCUACUUGCUCAACCCUGAUGGCCUUUUCACUGACUACUACAAUCGGAGCAGGUCAGCAGAGCAGAUUGCAGACAGUGUACGGCGGCACAUGGCUGCCUUCCACAGCAUCUUGUCCUGAACCACUGCAACCUGGGCCCAGUCAUUAAAUGUGUAUCCUUAA